AUGUCUUGGGACGACGAAGAUUUUGAUAUCCCUAGUAAAGUUCCCGCCCAGAGUUGGGAGGAUGAAGUUGAUGAUGAACCAUUAUUAGAAUCUUGGGAUACAGUAGACACACCCAAAGCGCCCGUCAAGACCUCCACCAAGACUGUUUCAAAAAAGAAGGAGAAUAAGGCUAACCCCACCCAGAAAAAGUUGGAUAUUGACCUUGUUGAUGACAAAACACGUAGGGAACUGUUGAAGCAAGCGGAGUUGGACGCUGAUUUGAACAAUGCUGCAGAUCUCUUUGACGGAUUAGGUGUUGCUGAUGAGCACCCCAGGGCAAGAGCAGCCCGUGCAGCCCUUGAGGCCAACGGUGGUGUUGGAAAAGCAGCUCUCACCAAAGAUACUCCAUUGAGGGAGCAUCCGAUAUUUGAACUAGAGACCAAGCAGGACUAUGUGAACCUCCGUAAGGCACUCUCCACACAACUAACAUCUUACGCUAAAGAUAGCAUGUUGAAUUAUUCUUCAUCUUUAGCAAUUGAUCUUAUAAGAGAUUUGAGUAACCCUCUAUCGUUGGAGAACCUCAGAAAGGUCAUAUCCACUUUGAGCGUAAUGGAGAAAGAGAAAAUCAAGGUUGAGCGCCAGGCACGUUUGGCUAAAAGUGGUGGAACUUCCACAGGAGGUGCAGGAAAAAAGAAGGCCAAAAACGUGCGUGCUAAUGUUGGAGGCUCGUUCAGAAAGGAUGAUAUGGAUACCACUAAUUAUGAUGAUCUUGGUGAUGACGAUUUCAUGUAG